AUGGCAUCAUCAAAUCCCCUAUAUGCCAAGCCAUUUGGUGGGUCUAAAUUCCCUGUCGUCUUGCGUGUUUUUGUGAACGCGGCGGGAAAAUCUGGACCAUUGAGCUUCAAUGUCUUGGACGUGCAAACACCCACAUGGCAUACAGCCAUUCAGAGUCUUGAAUUUCUGCUAGAAUUGUGGGUGAAGCCCCAUAGUCCUUGGUUUCUCCUCAAGAUUCGCGAGGAACGGGCCACCAGCCCACGCGUCUAUGGGCGCAGCUGGCAUAUUGUGGCGCCCAGCCGAACGUCAGUGGGCCAUUUAAUUGCAGUAACCCACGCGCAAUGGCUAUGA